AGAUCCGGUAGGUUCUUUGCGGGUUGCGGAGGCACAUUCUGAGCAGGAGUGGGUGCUGCAGUGAGCACGCGUGCGUCGCGGAGCACGCGUCGCUUGGGCCCCUCCUGCUGGUACUGAAAGCUGUGCAGGUUACACCUGGUGCUCCGGACAACGUAAUUUCACUAUUAGGAACAGUUGAUUUCUCAUACGGCGGGAGAGCAAACUAUAGGCAUUCAAUGCCAGUCGCGUGCCUGCUCACGAAGAGUAGAACUUAAGUACGCAAUCACUUCCAGGCUGGGAUCGCAUUGUUAGGAGGGUAGCAAAUAGUUUUGGUAAGGCCUUGUGAGGAAGGUGAACCUGUGGCUUGGGCUUGAAUUGCUCUCCGUAUGGGAGAAGCAUAUGUUGGCAGUGCAGAAGUGUUUCCCAGAACAUGGAAGUAAGAGCCCUUUGAGAAAAAAUUUUGAAACACCAAGAAUGAACGUGAAUGCAGAGACCUGGGAGGUCGCUUGGCGGUCUCAAAUCUAGAUUGAGCCAGUUGCCGAGCCCUAUUCUUUGAUCAACUAAAGCUUUUAAAAUAGAGUGUAGGUGGGUGUAUUAAUUCCUCACCGAGGGGUAGCUGGCCAACACAAAACAAACUCCACAGGCUGUGUGUGUUUGUGCAUUUUUUGCCUCGCAGACCUUUUGCUUAUUUUGACUUUACUUUUCAUAGGUUUUUGUUUUUUAAAGUUGGGUGGAUAGGGAGGUGAUGGGAUCUGUGAAAACGGGGAAGGGAAGGAACAUGAUCAAAAUAUAUAAUUUUUUUUCAACUAAAAAAAAUAAAAUAUGAGUGCAGGGCACUAUGUAAAGUGACUUUGUAGAAGCAAAAUUCCCCCAGGCUUUCAAAAGCUGGACUGUUUGAUUUAGUCCAGAGUCAGCUACAAAGGAGAAACACAUUUGUCUCAGAGGGUAUGAGCAUGCCUUCAGCCCGGGGGCAGAGGCAAGUAGAUCUCUGUGAGCUCAAGGUCAGCCUGGUCUACAGAGGUAUUUUCAGGACAUCCAAGGCUACACACACCCUGUCUGGGGGUAGGGAGAUUAUGUGUUCUAAUAACUAGAGUAAUUUGUGAUUCAUAAUAAUCAUUUAGUCUAACUCCUUAAUCUUGACUCUCAUGUAACCAUUUUAUGAGGCCUAGAUUAAUAGUCCUAUUUAAACUCAACUCACAGAUUUCCAGUCUUCUCUGUUCUGGCCCUGGGUUUGCCUUCCCUGUAACUCUGCUCACCUUUAUGUAGUUCACUGAUGAAUCUCAACUGCCAAGGACAAAGCAUGCCUUGUAGUAAAUGCAGAAUAUGUCAGAUUAUUUAAUUCACACUGUAUAUCUAUGCCUGGAUGAACGGAGUGUUUUUUUGGUUUUUUUUUUAAGGGCUGUUAAAAUGCAUGAAUUAAACAAAUAUGCAACCAAUUCAAUGAAUUGGAUCAUUUCUAGAACCCUUAUUGAGAUCUCUGGCAAAUUGUGGACUGCAGUUAAUGUAUCAAGCAUGCUAAUUCCAUUUUCAGUGAAGAAUUGCUUCCGACUACUUUGUCAGCACAAGGUCCCAACAGCUGGCUUUAAAAGCCCACCCACACAUGGGCUCAUUUUACAGUCGAUCUCCAAUGAUGUGUAUGAAAAUCUGGCUGUAGAAGACUGGAUCCAUGACCACAUACAUCUAGAAGGGAAGCCGAUUCUUUUCCUUUGGAGAAAUUCUCCUUCUGUCGUCAUCGGUAGGCAUCAGAAUCCAUGGCAGGAAUGUAACCUCCAUCUGAUGAGACAGGAAGGAAUAAAACUGGCCCGGAGGAAGAGUGGAGGAGGAACAGUGUACCACGACAUGGGUAACAUCAAUCUCACCUUCUUUACCACCAAAACCAAGUAUGACAGAAUGGAAAAUCUGAAACUAAUUGUGAGAGCUCUGAAUGCUGUCCAACCCCAGCUGGAUGUGCAGCCUACCAAAAAAUUUGACCUGUUACUCGAUGGGCAGUUUAAAAUCUCAGGAACCGCAUCAAAGAUCGGCCGGACAGCGGCGUACCACCACUGCACCUUGUUAUGCAGCACCGACAGGACAGCUCUGUCUUCCUCGCUGAAGAGUCCCUACCACGGGAUAAAGAGCAACGCCACUCCCAGCAUCCCUUCCACUGUGAAAAACCUUCUGGAAAGAGAUUCCACGCUGACCUGUGACGUUCUGAUGAGUGCUGUGGCAGCAGAGUAUGCAGCGUAUCAUCAAAUUGAUGACCAUGUUAACCUUAUAAACCCUGCAGAUGAGACUGUGUUUCCUGGAAUAAACAGCAAAAUCAAGGAACUGCAAAGCUGGGAGUGGGUUUACGGCAGGACACCCAGGUUUACCGUGGACACCAUGUUUCAUGUGCCGCAUGGGCAGGCGUGUUUGGAAAUCCAAGUGUUCAUGGACGUAAAGAACGGACGAAUCGAAACCUGCGAUAUUAAGGCACCCGAUCACUGGCUGCCACUGGAAAUAGGUGACAAAUUAAACUCAAGUUUUAUUGGCAGCAAAUUCUGCCCCGUUGAAACCACGCUGCUAACAAAUAUAUUACUGAGGACAGACGACCAUCACUUACAGAGUAAAUUGAACAUUCUGUGUGAAAAAAUCAGGGGAAUGAUGUGACCCCGAUAACUUUCUUUACGCUGGCAGUUUCAGUGAGAAAGAAUUUUAAAUUACAAUUGAUUUUAUGUCUCUUUAAAAAAGAAAUAGGGGUGUCAGGUUCUUGAGGUGGCCUGUUCCUAGUUUCCACUCACAAACUUUGAUUGAUAAUCUGUUAGUUUUGGCCCUCGGAAAUGAGCCCUUAGUGCCCCAUCCUCUGUCAUUUCUCCUCUCAUUAAACUUCAGACAAGAAA